UCCUGUCAACUGCUCCGUUGACAAUUGGCCGUAAACGUAAACAACAACAAACUAACCGGAUCUCACAUUCCCAUCAUGUAGUACUUUUUAGCUAAAUUUAUAGUCUUGGAACGCAUAUCUUUUUCUCAAAAUAGCGCUAAUAUCGACAGCUUAGUGAUAGGAAAGUAUAGUACCAUGGAAUUAUUCAAGUGCUUCCUACUUUAUUUAGUAAUAAGCGUUGAUCCAAUUUCCUCGUCCGACGAACAAAUGUGUACUGCCAAGGAGCAAUGCACGGCACCGGAGGCAGAUACCGGAGGAGAUACAACAAGCAACAGUCUCUAUUCAGCAGAUUUCAACAAAUAUUUCAGCGCAAUAGAAUCGUCCCUAGCGAGCUAUGUUCCCUGCAACAGCACCAACUGCAACUGCCACACGGAUGUUCUAAAAGCUGACCUAAAACCAUUCAAAGCGCAAGGCAUUACGAAAGACUCAAUCAACCGAGCAAAGCAGUAUGGGACGCACUAUCAGGUGAUCGGUCACAAACUUUACCGUCAGCGCGAAUGCAUGUUCCCGGCACGGUGCUCUGGUGUGGAACAUUUCGUGAAGCCCUUACUGUCGCAACUUCCCGAUAUGGAUCUGGUGGUAAAUUGUCGCGAUUGGCCCCAAAUCCAUCGGCACUGGAGCAAGGAAAGGAUACCCGUACUUUCGUUUAGCAAAACCAACGAAUAUCUCGACAUAAUGUACCCUGCCUGGGCGUUUUGGGAGGGUGGCCCAGCCAUAGCUCUCUAUCCCACCGGUCUAGGACGAUGGGAUUUGCAUCGGACCAGUAUUACGAAAGCAAGCACCGACUGGGAUUCGAAGGAAUCGAAAGCAUUUUUCCGAGGUUCACGUACUUCGGACGAGCGUGACGCGUUGGUGCUACUUUCCCGUGCUCAACCAUCACUCGUUGACGCACAGUACACAAAAAACCAAGCCUGGAAAUCUCCCCAAGAUACGCUAAAUGCAGAACCAGCACGGGAAGUAACACUGGAAGAACACUGCCGGUAUCGGUUUCUGUUUAACUUUCGCGGUGUGGCCGCUAGUUUUAGAUUUAAGCACCUUUUUCUUUGCCUUUCGCUCGUUUUCCACGUGGGCGAUGAGUGGCUAGAGUUUUUCUACCCCUCCUUGAAACCAUGGGUACAUUACAUCCCUGUACCGGUACGCAGCAGCCCAGAGGAACUGGAAGCAUUGAUUAGCUUCUUUCAACAGCACGAUGAACUGGCGCGUGAUAUUGCUGAGAGAGGAUACGAACAUAUUUGGAAUAAUUUGCGCAUGGUGGAUGUUGAAUGUUACUGGAAGAAAUUGUUAAAACGGUACGGGAAGCUAAUACGCUACACCGUUGAGCGUGACUCCAGUUUGGUCGAAGUUUAAUGUGAGAAAAGAGGCCGACCGAUGGGGAAUUAUAAUCAUGGCAUUUAUGAAGACAAUCCCUCAAAUUGUAUAUGCGCUAUCAGUGUAAUCCUACGUAAAGAUUUCAUUCCAUAAAUUUCUUAUACUAGAGAAAUAAACAAUACAAUUCAAAAGCGAUAAAAACCCUGGAAAAAGUAUU